AGUGUAUAAUCAGCUAAACGCUUCAUAGUGGAUUUCAAGCACCUGACGAGUAUAAAAUGGAUGAAAAGAGUGAAAAUUCCAAAAUAAUUGUAGAAGGCGAGGCAUCUGAAUCAGAUGAAGAUGAUAUUACUGUACCAGAUAAAUCAAACUUUUCUGAGACACAGCCAGCAGACAUUGCUGGUGCAAGUGAACCAGGAAGUGAGAGCACUCUAAAAGAUGAACAGUCCACCAAGAGUGGAGUGGUAGAUGGUGAUAAGUCGGCAAAGAUUGGUGUCAUAGUGUCAGGUGAAGCAUCAGAAAGUGACGAGGAAUUUGAAAUUGUAACAAGUGAAGGUCAAGUCUUACCUUUGAAUGUGAACAUAUCGGAGAAGGGAGACACGAGUGAUAUAUCAUCUCCACAGUCUCCACCAUUUCCCAUACAACAGAAAGAAACAAAGCCAAAAUAUAAUACACUUCUGAAUAGAAAAUUAAGAGAGAGAAACAUUGCUCUGAGAAGACAUAUUGUAGACACAAUACAUCAAAGUUACACACAGGCUGCAAAAGAUCUACACAACCUGACAGUGCAACUUCAGAGGUCACAUAUAGCUAUACAAGAUGUGUCACACCAUAUGCGGAACACAACAAAUGACUUGUUUAAUUUAGAGGACAAGGUGGACAUUGUUCGCAGUUGCAAUAUUUUACCCGACAUAACAUUGCCUGCAAGACCUGAUUAUUCUCAAACUGAUGUACAGACUUAGAGAAAAGAACGUUGGUGCAAUACUGUGAUAAACAUUUGUGCUUCGUCAUGUAAAAAAGGACCAUCGGGACAAAAGGUCAAUUUGUUUUGACACAAAAACAGAAAGACCAUGAAGGUCCAAUUGAUUUCUUUAUAUUUUGGAACUAUGUUAAGCUUCUGUUUACAAAUUCUAUAAAAUAUUAUUUCGUUGCCUUAUUUCCACAACGCCAUAAAUAGCUUUUUGGUAGUGUUUGGGUAACGACGUUCAAAGAUUUGAGUGUAAAUGACGUUACACUACUUACAACCUUGUUGAACCAAAAUUUAGCCUGUUUAUGUUAGUUCUACAAGGACAGAUAUUCACCAUCAUACAGAGGUCAUAGAGGCAUACCUGAUGACACUAAAAUCUCAGUUUUGUCAAAAAUGAACACGUCAUUCUGGAAUUAAGGUGACAUUUUGGUAAAGUUCAUUAUGGUUUUAUUUUUUACUAAUGUUCAUGAACAAUGCCACUUGUGAUUUCCAAAUAUUCAUGAGCACUAAUAUGCAUCAUGUUAUAAAAUACAAACUCUCAUGUUUCAGGAAUUCUUUAAUCACCAAAAACAAAGUUGCUUACCAUGAAAUUGCCCUGAUAAAGCCUACACCAAAUUAUACAUUCUACAGUAUUUUGAAAUCUUCUUCAAUUCAUUUUGUGGGCUUAAAAUUUUGUGAUUUCGUACAAAAAGGCUAUGGUCCCUGAAAGUCAGUUUUAAGAUCAGUGUGCAAAACAGUAUAUUAUGUCAUCCAAAUUUCAAGGCUAUAUCUUAAAAAUUAAGAAAGUAGGUCAAGGUCACAGUCAAGGGACUUACUUAGGUUCAUCAAGUAAUUAUAAGUAAGCAGUCUAUAAAAUAUGAUCAGAUAAUUUUUGAAGUAUUUUUUCCUAUAUAAAUAAAUAAAAACUAAGUGACCCCGGAAAUUUACAAUAUAGUCAUAUACGUAAAUAAAGCCCCACCCCCUGGCGGUCAUGUUUUUUACCGAAAAAAAAUGGCUUAAGCAAUUUUGGUAGAGGGUUACUAGAGAUCUUUUCUACAAAAUAUUUUUGAAAUCUAUCUUCUGAAGAUUUUUAAAGAUUUUCCUUUUGGUUGCCAUGGCAACAACAGUUCUAAAUGGAUUUUUAUUCUUUGGACAAUUUUCAGGGUUGCCAGCAGUCUUGAAAAGUCAGGGAAAUUGGAUUCUUUUUCGAGGUCAGGGAAUUGUCAGGGAAUUUUAAAAUUUGGUCAGUGAAAAAUGAAAAUCCUGGAAUGUCAGGGAAAAGUCAGGGAAAAAUGAUUUCAAAACUCGAAGAAGUUAAUCAUUUUAAACUUUUGUGGCUAUGGCAGUCUUCAAGCAUUAAAUUUAAGUAAUUAAAAACAAAGUUUAAUGAUGUAAUACUGUAACAUGCAUUUAAUUUGUUUAAAUCCCUCAUUUUUCUUUAAACACUGAUUUUGCUUGAAGACUGAAAGGCUUUGCAACCCUUGCCUCCAGAGCUAACUAACAUUUUUUUGUUAUUUUGUAGGAAAGUGACACACGAAGAGAGCCUACAACUAACAUUAUUCUAAUACACUUUUUUUGUUGUAGGUACUCCAGGUGUUUUCUGGACACUGUAUAUUAAGAGAUCUUGGAUUUUGAGAGUGAUGCUUUGUCAAUAUGAUUCCAAUGGUCUUGCUAUUAGUCAUGGUGUUUUAUUGUUUUUGCCUCUAGGAAACUGUAUAAUAACAGAUCUUGGAUUUUUGAGAAAGAUAUUUUGCUAAUACUAGCAGGGUUCCAAUGGUCUUGUUAUUAACCAUACUUUAUUGUUUUUACCAUGAGGAAAGUGUACCUUAAAAGAUGUUAGAUUUCUGAUAGUUACAUGUCUUGCAAAGAUGCUUUUGAUAUGUAUCUCUUAAUAAUUAGGUUUCACUGACCAAUAGUCACAAUUAUGUUUCAUUGACUUGACCACCAAACAGUCAUACAAGAAAGAAAACCAUGUUUAUUAUCAUUGUGUUUGAUGUUUAUGUUUAAUAUAUUGGGAAAUAAAUACAAAACAUUUAGCCCGCCCGCUUAGCUCAGUAGGUAAGAGCGUUGGUCUACGGACCGCUGGGUCGCGAGUUUGAUCCUCGGGCGGGGCGUAUGUUCUCCGUGACUAUUUGAUAAACGACAUUGUGUCUGAAAUCAUUAGUCCUCCACCUCUGAUAAUUCAUGUGGGGAAGUUGGCAGUUACUUGCGGAGAACAGGUUUGUACUGGUACAGAAUCCAGGAACACUGGUUAGGUUAACUGCCCGCCGUUACAUGACUGAAAUACUGUUGAAAAACGGCGUUAAACCCAAAACAAACAACAAAACAUUUGGAAAAAAAAUAAUGGGAGGAUUGGACAUCUAUAGGGGAGGUCAGGAGGCCGUUUAAAUGUUUGGCGGUUUUGGUCAGUGAAAAACAUGAAUUGGUCAGGGAAAAGUCAGGGAAUUUUGUUCACCCAGAGUGCUGGCAACCCUGAUUUUGAAAAGGGGCCACCCAAGGCUCAUUUCUGUGAAGUUUUGUCUGCCCAGUAAUUUUGAAGAAGAAAUUUUUUAGAAAAUGUUGAUGGACGAAUGACAGACAUCAAGCGGUCACAAAAGCUCACCUUUAGGUGAGCUAAAAAAAUGAUGAAAUUUACGUAUAUAUAAAUUAUUAAUUUUUGCAUUAGAGAAGAACUUCUGUUCAUAGAGAAUACAAUCACUUUGAAACGUACUGUAAACUCAAUUGAUUUCAUGAGCACGAAAUUCUGUAGUUUUGGUCAAAACAGCAAUUCAGUUUGGAUAUGAAUUUGUGGAUUUCAGCUUUGGUACAUAAAAUGAUUGGGAAUAGGAAUAUAAUUAUUUGUUUGUUGGGAUUAAAUUUCAUGGAUUGACUCACCAGGAAAAUUAAUGAUUUUACAGUAAUCUUGUGAAAUAAAUUUCUUAUAUCUGUGAAUAAUUUAUUCCACAUUGUGAGGAAUAAUCAUAACAACAGUAACUGUUAUCCAUUCAAAAAUUGAAAUGUUCAGUAGUGUUUUGUUGCCUCACAGGGUGGUUUUCAACAGUGAAUAUACAUCCGGCAGCAGUGUGGUGGUUGACAGGCUAUUAUAAUGUGUUUUCUAUGCCUGUAUGAUUUAUGUGAAUCUUCGCAAAGCUGUUUUCACUGUGGAUUAAUAGUUUCCAUGUAGAAAUCAAUAUUUUCAAUUUAUCACUACUGGUACCUUGACAGGUAUUCAUACAAUCAAGGAGAGUGAAUCAGAGAAAAUAAAAACACAUUUUCUUGAUUGAGAAAUGAUAAGGAUAAUAGCAGUGUGGCAAAAGACUUCUUUGGACUUUUAUGAUCUCACAAUUGAAGAUCAGGUUCUCUUUGAAUUUGUGUUACCUCCCCUUUCUUGUCUUUAAAUUUUAUUUUAUUUAGAAAUCUAAUCAACCUUGAAUAAUAGUUUUGAAUUUACUAGUUAGAGUUAUAUUAAUAUUUUAUUUAUGUUAUUUUUAUGUGCAAUAAUUCUAGACUAAGCAUUUUUGAUAAGUCUGUGGAGCAAAGGACUUUAGUCAAUGGGUUGCGAGUUUGCUCACAGGGCAAGGUUUCUUUCCUUGGUAUUGAUUUGACAAUGACAUGUGUGUCUAUUGUCAUUUAUCUACCUUUCCUGAUUAUUGUGGGGAAGUUGUCAGUUACAUGUAGAGAACAAGUCUGUAUUUCUGCAGAAUUCAGGAUUGCUGGUAAGUUAGACUGACCAUCAUUACAUAACUGAAACACUGUUGAAAAAUGGAGUUUAACCCAAUUAAAACAACUGAGGUUACCAUGGCAGCAUGGAGACUACUUUGAUCUUGAUGUUACUUCUUACUGCCAUCCCUAUAUGCUUAUUGAAGUAGUAUGCAAGGAAAUUUGAACGUGCAUGUGCACAACUGGGAGCUAAUGGUGGAAGUAACAACAUACUAAAUGUAUUUGUAUAUUUGUUCUGAACAAUUACACAAACUUUUCUUCCAUUUUAUACUCAAUGUUUCAAUAAUGCUGAAAUAAUGAAUAAACUACCGCAGAAAUGCUAAAAAAUGUUAUUACAUUAAAAUGACAUCAAAAUUGUUAUGGUAUUAUGCAUGAUUUAAAGUUCUAAAAUGAACAGAAAAGGUACUUAAUACUGAGAAUUAAUUAUUGUGUCACAAAAUAACUUGAGAUUUAUGGUAUGUAUCAAUAAAGAUCAAAUCCUCUGAUCAGAUGAAAUUCAGGUCAUAAAAACAUCAUUUUAAUGUUCAAAUGAAAACAAACAGAACUUUUAUGGAGACUUCAGUACACUAAUAAAUACAAAACAGAGGCAUACUAUUGUAAUUUAUGUGCCUGUAGACUGAAAUAACUCCAAAAUUAUUUUUUUUUCUAUUUUAACGGGGCACACCUCCAGAUUGGUAUAAAAUGUUUUGAGAUUAAACAGAAACAUUGAACUUUAAAAGUAAAUUGAGUUUGGUUUAGUUAUAUAUUACAGGACCUGUCUAAUGAUUAUCUGAAGCCUUUAAGUCUUGUAAAACUGGUGUCUUAAUAGCUGCUUGUGGGAAUGGAUUGAAACUUUACACACUUGUUUACUGUCAUGAUCUAACAUUCAAUUUACAGGUUCUUUUACUUUAUUAUGCUUUUUAGCAAAGUUAUUAAUUUAACUUUCAUAGGUGCAAUGCUUUUGAAUACUGUAUUUAAGUGUUGGUGUCUCUGACAGCUGUUGUUGAAUUUCUUUAUGUUGCUGUCAGAUAUUUGAUGCUUAUCUAAUUGCAUGUCCCUUUUAUCUCUGAUAAAUAUUGUUUCAUGAUCAUAGUUAUUCCAGAUUGUAUGCAAUAUAUUUAAAUUAUUGAAUAAAUAUUUCAGCUGAAA